GUCAUGCUAAAAUUAGUUCCUCCCGGUAUAUGUACAAAAUUGCGUCUUGUUGCGUCUGCUGUUUUGAAACUGAAUAAAAAUGAGCACAAUUGUGGCAGCAGGUAUUGGCCUGGCGGCUGUUGGGUUUGCCGGUCGUUAUUUGCUUAGGAGAAUGCCGAAUUUAUCACAGAGGAUGGCAGAAACCGUGAAAAAGCUAGACUCCCAGUCACUAGCAAAUAGCAAAUAUUACAAAGGUGGUUUCGAGCAGAGGAUGACCAGGCGGGAAGCCAGUUUGAUUUUGAGUGUGUCGCCCACGGCUAGUAAGAGCAAAGUAAAAGAACAAUUUAAAAAAGUAAUGGCUGUGAAUCAUCCAGAUCGUGGUGGUUCUCCAUAUAUUGCAGCAAAAAUUAACGAGGCAAAGGAUCUACUUGAGAAAUAAUGAAAAUAUAGCAUAAUGUAAUAUAUAUAUAUAUAUAUGUAUAUG